GGAGGGGAGCCAUAUGUCCGCCCGUGAGGGUGCCACUAUUACUCGCUCACUCGCUUUUAAAGGGCACACGGAGCCAGUCCAGGCCUCCUACGGCGUUAUAUACGGAGAGGGAAAAAGGCAGGGACGGGGAAUCCACAGAGAUCAGGAAAGAACUCGAAACGUCAGUAGUACAGUACUCGUCAAAUAAUUGGAAUCGUUUUAUUUUGGAAGACGAGCGUUAGUUUGCGUCCAAAAUAUCUUCAGCAUGGAGGAUGACAAGGGACAUCAUGUACACUUUUCUGAAGACACAGAUGCUAUGGGCAACACUGCAAUAACUGUGAAGGAGAAAACAGAAGGAGAAUUUGAAGCGCAUGUUGGAUUUCUACAGAUAAAUCACCGCUACCACAUAGAUAUCACAGUGCCAGUGAAGGAUGCAGAUGACGGAUACAAAAUAGCUGAGCCUCAUGGUGUUUAUUGCCAUGCACUGGAGCUUCAGGUCACAGAAAGCGGAGCACUUCAGGUAUCUUUUGAAUUGCUGGCCCAUAAAGAAAAGUUGCUACGUGAAAAGAUUCACCUUCUAAAACCCACAGAAGGCCAAUUGAUCGUAACGAUCCUCGCAAGAGUUUUAGGUAAGGGAAAGGGUACCCCAAUGCUGCGUGACAACAUUAAGUGCGUAGGCAUCGACGCUGAUGAUGAGUCGGAGGCAUCAGAUUGGCAAGGCUUUUCAUAAUUUGAGAACCUAGAGAGCAGCAGCAGCAGUUUCCCAUCCAGCCACCUUCAGUAUGGGUUCUUUACUACUGAAUGCUCAUCGCUAGGAAGUAGGUCCUCGUGUAGCAUCAUUACCAUUUGCGUAGUUUGUAACUAAAGUUGAUAUUUAUAUAAUGACGUUGACUAUUGUUGCGUAAACGUUUUUGGAUAACACAUUCAUGAAAGUGUUGAAAUAACAUCUAACAUUUUUAUAGGAUAGUAGGUCCUCAUUUAGUGUACGAAGCUUACUUCUGUCAAAGGGGUGAUAUCAUAUUAUGUACUAACUGUAAUUAUAGAAACUUAUGCAUGGAUAUAUUCACAUGCAGCAACUGCAGUGUAGGAGCAUAGAAUUUACAAGCAUGAAAUUCCUUGUGACAUGAGAAUUAUAGCACUAAUGCUCACUAGAAUGCUAAGGCGAUUCUUGAUAUUAUAGCCCAGUACAAACAAUAAUGCUAGGGAAAAGAAAAAGAAUUGGGGUAUUUCUUUGUACAGUAUUUGAUAUAGUAUACCAUGUACUAUUCUGUGUUCGUUGUAAUAUAUACAAUUUAAUUUAUAAAGUAGUAGGGGAAGUGUGUACCUAUUGGAACAAGUUGGGUGACAAUAAGUGAGCAUUAAGGAAAUGGACAUACCAUAAAUAGGCAGUGGGAAAAUUAACCACAGCUGAAAAACUCUCGUAGUAAUUACAGUUUGAAUUCAGUCUGAGAUGGAUAGUUUUACCAUUUAUCCUUGUAAUUCAAACUCUGUUAAAGAUUACAGUUUUAAUACUGUAUUGGACAGGAUUUUCCAUAACAUUUUAAUUUCAUAAAGUAGUUUUUUCUUUGCACUUAUUAAAAAUAAACUGUAUUUCCCCUAAUCCAGUGGGUGGGUUGUUUAAUAUAGUUGGCUCUUUUCAACACUAUGAGCGUUCAUGCUACUUCUGUAGUGCCUUUUGAGUAUUGCUGGUAUGUUAUUCCCUAUCAUCACAUUCCCUAUCAAGUUCCUGUUGCUAGAUUCUUUCCUUUAGUCUUUAGAAUUUGCGACUUGGGAAGCGGGUUUGGAGUCCUGUGAAAAACAGCCUGAAAAAGACAAAAUUAUUUUUAAGUUUGUCUUAAACUUUCUCAGACUUUUUCGAGUUGAGAUUAUACUGUAUAAGGAAAUGUAAUGGAAAAUAAUGUUUUACUGAUGUGUUCUUCUCUGCCAUUACAUUUUAGAACUGAAAUAUAGUUUUUAAUAAUUAAUGAAAGAAAGUGCAUAUAUGGUGACUUUUCCAUAGUGAAUUGUUUUUAUAACAAUAAUUAGCAAGUCUGGAACUUGAAAAGUUGUUAUUUGUACAUCUGAAAGUGAUAUUUUAUGUCACACAAUCCAGUUUGACUUUAGUAAUUAGCCUUAACAUAGGAAGUGAGUAUGUACUGUACUUAUACAUUGUGGUGAUUUUUUGCUAAAGCCAAAGUUGCAAGUACAUAUUUAUGAAUAAUUUUGCUUAGUCAUCUAGCAUUUUUUUUAUCAUAAAGAUAUUUCUAGAAUUAUACAUGUCAGUAAUUAUCCGAAAAUUUUUUAUAAUGGAUAACUUAAUACAUUUUUCAUUCCCUUUUGGAGAAUAUGCAUUUUCUUUCAUUGCAUGAUGUGUAUCUUGUCUCCUGUUUAGUUGUAAAAACCAUAUUACCCAAUAGUUCACUCUGUAAUUAUCAUAGUGUACCGUAUGUGAGUGCCAAAUACAAAAAUUAUUAUUAUUAUUCAGAAGGUAAACCCUAUUCUUGUGAAACAAGCCCAAAGGGGCUAUUGACUUGAAAUUCAAGCUUCCAAAGAAUAAGGUGUUUAUUCUCAAUGGGGAACCUCUUGUGCCAUUUGCAUAAUUUGGUAAGGCAGACAAUAUGAACUCCGCCCUCACGGGGCAGUAGUUUUUCUACUGGUGUUGAGUUGCAUCUUUCUGAGAAACAUUUGAAUUUUAGAUCACUGUGAAGUCCCUUGUAGAUUCAUGCUUGUUUUGAUAAUUUUCCUCAUGAAAUAUUGCAACACAUAUCUGAUGCUUGGAGAGCCGUAGAUAGGUAGCUCCCUUGUCAUAAUUUUCUGUUCUUUUGUUUUUUUUCUAAUAUUAAACACUGCAGGUUGUGAAUGACACUUCGUAUACCACAUAACAAAGUUGAAGUUUCAUGUUAGAUUAUAAAGUUGAGGUUUUGUAUUAUAGUAAUAGGUAGAUGGCAGUAAUAUAUACAUAUAAUUUUUUCUUGAAUAACGUAUAAAGAGGGACAACUGAUAACCAUUUACGCCAGUGACAUCAGCAAACAGUAAGUUGAAUUUACAUUCUAUCAGCGUUAAUGUGCACUGGUAAAAAUGUGUGCUAUUGCCAUUUCACAAUCUCCUAUCUUUCUGCCGUUUGAUACGACGCACUAGUUGAGCUUUCGUUUGUGUUUAUUCAAAGUUCCUGCAUAGCUAUAUAACCAUAACUCAGUCAUGUUCCAAUUAGUGGUUGUUUAAUUUCAAGUGCUCUUGCUCAGAUGUUUCCUUAAUUUAAAAAGAGCCAAGUGAUUGUUAAACUACUUGAUAAUAAUGAAGUAGUCAGGAUAGAAAGGGUUAAGUAAAGUAAUACAGGCAGUCCCCGGGUUACGACGGGGGUUCCGUUCUUGAGACGCGUUGUAACCCGAAAAUCGUCGUAAGCCGGAACACCAUCAAAAAUCCUAAGAAAACCUUACUUUUAAUGCUUUGGGUGCAUUGAAAACUAUGUAAACUUCAUUCUUAUUGCAUUUUUCAUCAAAAAACCUUCAGAUAUUGAUUAUUUUGCAUUUUUGGUGUCAUAUCUCUUCUGCCAGAUCAGCAUUGUAGGCGUCGUAACCUGGAAAUAAUUUCUGAUGAAUAUAAUUGAAAAGCGCCUUAACCUCGGAACGUCGUAAGCCAAAACCGUCGUAACCCAGGGACUGCCUGUACUCAGUUUAUAUAUUUUUGCGCAAGUAUUAAAGUACCUUGUAGUAAUGAUGAUAACCACAGUUUUCUUGAGGCCUGAUUUAAUGUUACCAAGGGAAGUAUGUAUCUAGGAUGUAGAAAAUUAUAUUUCCUAGCUUAAAUUUAUCUUGACUUUAGAACUUGGAAUCAUCUAAGUAUUUGAACAUCACAGGAGCAUUUUGUCUUUGAAGUGAUCAAGGGUGCCCACUAAAUAUAUUAUGUAUUUUUACAGAAAAGCAAUGUUAUUUCUUAAUAUUGUGAACUGUGCUCCACUCUGCCCCAAUUUUGGCAUGAAGAGACUCCCCAUUUAACAAGAAAACUAACUUAAUUUUUACUUGUUUUCUUUUGUAGAUAUAAAUUAAGUGCGUGUUAUCUUUAUUUGUGUUCGUGAUUAUGUCCUAAUCCAAUUCAGUAUGUAUUGUAAGGGGUCCCUUGUAAUAUCAUACCCCUGGAUUGGUAGGAAGACUGCAUGUAGUACCUGGAUAAAAGAUUUAUUGGUAGAAGUAUAUCUUCAUAUAGAAGACAAAUUGUAUCAGCGUUAAUGAAAAUUGUCGGUAAAACAGAAAUAAAGCUGUGACACAAUUGUAGAUUUUAAGGGAGCUGGUUUUGAUUGUGAAUUUACGAUUAUAUUAUGCACCUUUCAGACAUCAUAAUGUGAAUGAAGUAGUAGUUGCCAUGAUGCACUGUAUACUUAUUUGGAUCCAGAAGGCAUGUGAUGUGCACGACAAUUUUGUUUGUGAUGUAGAUGACCAUUUUGUUAAAAAUACUUGUUAUGCUCAACUGUAGAAUGCUUUAGAAUAUUGUAACUAACAGGAGGCCUGUUUGAAAAUUAGACAUUUAUUCUAAUUCUUAGUGAAAAGAAUAUUUGGAUGUUGUUAAAUAUUGUAAUUUUGUGUACGUCCCAAAGUUAACCAUUGAUUGGAAUCAAAAUAUAUAGCAUUGUAGUCAGACUUUUCAUAGUUGUGUCUUAGCAAACAACUUGGUUGGCAGGUGCUAAUUCAAAAUAUUACGCUUAAAAGGGCAGCUUCAUUAUGCCAUAGGUAUCUACUUUUAAGAUGCACUCUGCUAUGUAACUCGUUUAUUCAGAGGACAGUAUUUAAUAUUCAACUUAGCAGUGCUAUAAUAGGAGAGAUAUUUUCUCAUCGUACACUGAUACAUGUUCAAGUUUAUGAAGUUUAUAUGUGUAGUAGGCCUUGCAAAUUAACAUGCUUUCACAGUUGAAUAGUCAGUAUACUAAUUCUUCGAAAUUCUCUUUUAGAUGCUGGAUGUAUGUCCUUAUUACCUAGUGCUAUCAGUCUCAUAGAAAUGCACCCUCAUUGCAUCCUGUUUAAUUUUUCCUUUAAAUGAAAGCCACAAGCUUGGAGUAUAGAAGCAUUACGUACAAGUGUAGGUAUUCAACUGAAUUGACACUAGCAUUCUUUACCCUUAGUUUGCUAAAUUAAGCUUUGGUCAUUGUAGAUUUGAGCUUUUAGGAAUAACAUGCCUUUUCAUGAAUAAGUUUGGAGAUGUUCUGGAAACAACGGUCUUCUAGGAAAGCUUAGAAGUUGAAAUGGCUUUUGCUAUAGUACUGUAUUAGCUAUUAACUGACCUAACCUAGCUUAGUGCCCCAUGUUGCCACUGAAAAAGAAAUUUUAAACCCCAUACAAAGAAUAGGAAUAGGGGGUAUUGUUUUUUUGUGCAUGUAGAUUUAUAAAUACUAACUGUAAGUGAUCACAACAUUUUCUCCCAUUAAUACCUGUGUAGAUAGGACAUGAAGCUUUACCUUUAGGUAAUGCAGUGCUGUGCUGCAUUUAUCUUGUCUCUGUUUGCACAUUUAUUAAGAUGUAUAGCCAGCUAUGUUACAAGGGACAAACUUUUAAAAUGAAAAAGCAAAGAACAUAGUCAGCAUUUAAAUUUACGUACACAAGAGGUUGCAGGUUCUGUUGCUCUCCAAAGAAGUUCUCUAUAAUGUCUAAUUUCCAGGCCAGAGGAUUUGACAACGAACUUUCAUUUUCUACUUUCAUCUUUUUCAAUUCCUCAUCUUGAUAACCCAGUUAUAUGAUUGAACUCACUUUUUAACAACUUAAUUGAUAAACUAAUGUCACUGUUCUGUUUUUAUGCAGCAUAGGUAAUUUUAUCAGGAUGAUUUUUGAAUGAAAUUAAUAAAAAGUUUGUUUUUAUGUAUCAUCAGCAGCUGGUGGGUGGUUGUUGAUCAUUUUUUCAUUAUUUUCCUCCUUUUAGUCUUUGAGCUAUCAGAAAUUAAUACACUGAAGUGGAGAGGGAAACAUUUUUCAUUAUGGUUUUCUUUUGUACAUAUAAUUGCAGUAUAUUCAAGACCAAAUCACUUAAUGUAGACAAGGUGAUUGGUAUUUUGAACUUUUGAUAUCUUGAUUAUAAAAUACUAAUCACA